GCCGGGCCGGCGGAGCGGCAGCGGCGGGGCCGCGCAGUCCAGGAUGGCCGAUGAGAACGAGGAGCUGCCGGCGGACGAGGAGCUGCCGGCGCCGGCCGAGGAGGGCUUUGAGCAGCUGGAGAACGACAGCCCCGCCGAGCGCAGCGGGCACGUGGCCGUCACCGACGGGCGCUGCAUGUACGUCUGGGGAGGAUACAAGAAUGCCCAGGUCCGGGGCUUUUACGACUUCUACCUGCCGAGGGAUGAAAUCUGGAUCUACAACAUGGAAACUGGAAGAUGGAAGAAGAGCAAGACUGAGGGAGAUGUUCCCCCCUCCAUGUCUGGCAGCUGUGCCGUGUGUGUGGACAGAGUGCUUUACCUCUUCGGGGGGCACCACGCCCGGGGCAACACCAACAAGUUCUACAUGUUAAAUGCCAGAUCCACGGACAAAGUGCUGCAGUGGGUGAGAGUGGAGUGCCAGGGGGUGCCCCCCUCGUCCAAGGACAAGCUGGGGGUGUGGGUGCACAAGAACAGGCUGAUAUUUUUUGGAGGCUAUGGCUAUUUUCCCGAAGGGAAGCAACGUGGAACAUUUGAAUUUGAUGAAACUUCUUUUUGGAAUUCAGGUCUUCCUAGAGGGUGGAAUGACCACGUGCACGUUCUGGACCUUGAGACUUUCACUUGGAGCCAGCCCAUAACCACGGGGAAGACGCCGUCGCCCCGCGCCGCCCACGCCUGCGCCACGCUGGGGAACAGGGGCUUCGUGUUCGGAGGCAGAUACAGGGAGUCCAGGAUGAACGACUUCUACUGCCUGAACCUGGACACGUGGGAGUGGAGCGAAAUACUCACCCAAGGCAUCUGCCCCGUGGGCCGGUCGUGGCAUUCCUUGACGCCGAUCUCCUCGGAUCACCUCUUCCUCUUUGGAGGCUUCACCACCAACAAGCAGCCCCUGAGUGAUGCCUGGAUUUAUUGUAUCAGCAAGAACGAGUGGGUACAGUUUGAGCACAACUACUCUGAAAAACCAAGGCUGUGGCACACGGCCUGUGCCAGCGAGGAGGGCGAGGUGAUCAUCUUUGGGGGCUGUGCCAACAACCUGCUGGCCCAUUCCAAAGCUGCUCACAGUAAUGAAAUCCUGGUGUUCUCCCUCCAGCCACGAUCUCUUGUAAGGCUGUGUCUGGAGGCCGUGAUCUGCUUCAAGGAGCUGUUGGCCAGCUCGUGGCACUGCCUGCCCAAGCACCUGCUGCACAGCGUGAACCAGCGCUUCGGCAGCAACAACACCUCGGGCUCCUGAGCCCGGCACGCCCGUGCCCCACCCUCUGUGUGUAGGUAGCUGCUUCUCGCCCUCCCGUGCAUGUGAAUGGCCUAGAGAGAACCUAUUUUUGUGUGAGAUGUUCCAAUAAAUGUAUUUGAUGCCAGAGGA